AUGGCAAAGAAUUACUACAAUAUAUUAGGAGUGCAGAGGAACUGCAGUGAACUCGACAUCAAGAGUGCGUUCAGACGACUGGCCCUUCGCUACCAUCCGGACAAAAACGGGUCGACCAGUGCUGAAGACACCUUCAAAGAGGUUCUCGAGGCCUAUCGGGUGCUCAACGAUCCCCACAAACGAGGUAUUUAUGACCACAACUCCAAUCGCACGCAAACUCACCGCACAUUUCAGUCGCGACAACAGUCUUCGGGAUAUGAGACCAGUCGUCGACACCAUCGCCGACGACAGCCAUCGCCAUCAAAGUCCGGUCACCGAAAGACCAGUUCCGGUGAUAGUCAUCGCAAUAAAAGUGUUGAGCACUCGCUGUACGUAUCGCUCAAAGAGGUUCUCCACGGAUGUAGUCGUCGGAUGCGAAUCACUCGGAAGGUGUGGUUCUCUCCCAAAGAGUAUCGCAAAGAGCGACAGACAGUGACCAUCGAUGUCCGCAAGGGGUGGAAGUCGGGCACCAGAAUCACGUUCGCAGAGCACGGGAACCAACGCCUGUACGAUCCCUCAGCGGUCGCCGAAGACAUUGUGUUUGUCAUUAGAGACAAAGCGGACAAACAGUUCAAACGAGAAGGCAUUCAUAUCGUAUACACCGUCCGAUUGAGUCUUAAGGAAGCCAUAGAUAAUAGUGGUAUACAAGUGCCUACUCUGGAGGACCGGUCGCUUAACGUACAGUUAGACAGACAGCAGCUCAUGGAGUUGUACGCUAACACUGAGGUGUAUAUCAGGAAAGUUGGUUUAGGACUUCCCGUUCCCAAUAAUGUGCUCACCAGAGGUGAUCUCACCAGUUCUGGUAAUAGUCGUGGUAAACAUGUUGAGCACUCGCUGUACGUAUCGCUCAAAGAAGUCCUCCACGGCUGGAGACGACACAUGAAAAUCGCUCGUAAGGUGUGGUUCUCUCCCAAACAGUACCGCAAAAUGUUUCAAACGGUGACCAUCGAUGUCCGUAAGGGCUGGCAGUCUGGCACCAGAAUCACGUUCACAAAGCACGGCGACGAGCGUCUGUACAACCCCUCAUGGGUUGCCGAAGACAUUGUGUUUGUCAUUAGAGACAAAGCGGACAAACAGUUCAAACGGGACGGCAUUCAUAUCGUAUACACCGUCCAAUUGAGUCGUAAGGAAGACUAUAUUUAUUGUCCGAUAUCUGUGCCAACUCUGGAGGACAGACAGCGCCGGUGGUUCACCAUAACGUUGGACAGACAGCAGAUCAAUGAAUUGUACGCUAAGAACGAGUUGUGUAUCAGGAAAGUUGGUUUAGGGCUUCCGGACCACAAGAAUGUGCUCACUAAAGGGGAUCUCAUUAUAAAAUGUCAAUUGAGAUCAUAA